GCAAGGACCAAGUGACGAAGGAGGAGCUGGAGGGACAAGGUGCUAUUGCUUGUAACCGCCGUAGCCAAACGCAGUGAGCAGGCAAAGCGAGGGAGCAAUGCGAGGGAGCGUGGGAAAGGCACAAAAGACACAGGGAGUCAAGACAAACUACAAAAUAAGAACAAGAUGACGAAAGAAAGGGAACGCGGGCUGAACACACCCUUGGACAGGGAAGCAGAUUGCACCAGCAGCACUCAUCGGACCCAUGUGUGCAACCAACCCCCCCAGGCCACAGCAAGAGUAUCUUCAACCCGGACGGGGACCCAUAGAAAUUUUCAACACAUUCCACCGCCAUCCCGCACCAUAUGCCCCCUGUAGGGCAGUCCGAGAAACCAAUGACGCGUUACACAGAUUUGCGGCCAGUCGAUCGACGAGGUGGGCCUCCACUGCUGGUGCGCCGAGGGAGCAUCUGGUAGCAAGUCCUCAUCUUAGGCCGCCGUUUAGGCGUUUCGCAAACCCCCCGAGCUGUCGCACCAAGGCCCCCAAUUCAAUCUACCCGUGCACAUAUCAGCAACGAUCGGCCCGCCAAGUGGCUUACCCUUGUAUACGCAAUUUGAGUGACGGCCAAAACAAAACGUGCACAAAAGCAGACGACGAGAGGCAAACGAGAGGUGCAUGUCAUUUGGAUAAAAUAGGAGCAUCAAGAAAGGAUAACUUGGCUGCUGUCGAUUCGCUACACGCACCACACUACUAUCAUCGUGUCCAGCUAGGCGGCGCGCCGUGCAACGUGCGAACAUCAAAAAGAAUGCAAUGCAGAGCACAAUGCCAUCUGGAAGUAGCCAUCACAUGUUGCUCAGCGGCGUCGGCUUGGCUCCAAUUCUAAUUUACUCAUGCCAUCUGGACGACCAUGGUCUUUUCCAAUCUUGUCCUGCCCAGGAUCCCAUCACACCCUUUGCCAUUGUGCCUUAUCAAAUACUCUCGUCUAAUCUCACACUGUCCGCCGCACGUGUGG